GAACAUACACAUAGGAUUGUUAAAGAGGGAACAUGUUAUCUUGAACGAGAGGUUGUCAUUUGGGCUGGAUUUUACUGAACUGGACGGGUUUUACAGUGUGACUGGGCUUGAUACUGUCUUGUCGAUCUGGCAACCCUGAUGGCUACGUAAAGAAGUGACUUGCGUAUAAUGUAGUUUUCCUGUUGCUCACUUGUCUCACUUACCGGUAAUAUCAAUUUCGGAACAGAAAGGAAGUGAUUACAGGAGAAACACGACUGACUACAUUUAAUCUAACACAACAUAGUCUGCUGUCUGAUUCAGCAAACGCAUGCGAGGACCAAACCGAGUCGACAACGUCAUUACUGGCUAAUAGGGUUAGCCAGACGAACCUCCGCUUAGCGUUCGACUCUAUAGCUUAAUCUUACAACACCUUUUUAGAUUCUAUUUCAUUUUCUAUUUCAGUCUUAACAUUUGUGUGGCGACGAUGAACUGGCUUUUCUCAAUUUCAAAGGGUGCUGGACCUCACACUCCGCUCAACAGUCUUCAACAACAAAGACAGCGGCAGAUUGAGUCGCUUAAAGCUGCUCAUCCGAGCAUAGCAGAAAUCCAGAAAGAUGUGGAAUACAGGAUCCCAUUUACAGUCAACAACUCCACCAUCACUAUUAACAUUCUUCUGCCUCCUCAGUUCCCUCAGGAGAAGCCAGUGGUUAGCGUAUAUCCUCCUGUUGGUCACCACCUCAUCGACAGCAAUAAUGGCACUUCGAUCACAAGCCCCCUCAUCACUAGCUUUGGGAUGCAUUCAGACCUAGGCAAGGUCAUUCAGAGUCUGCUAGAUGAGUUUUGGAAGAGUCCCCCUGCACUGAUGUCCACUGGUCAAUCUGGCUUUUCAUACAGUAUGUACAAGCCAUCGGGCAUCCCUCCUUACCCGACUCCAGGUUACCACUAUGGUCCUCGCCAUGUUGGUCAAAGUAAAACGCCUCCUCUCGCACCACUUCCAUCUGGAGUCGGACCAGCGCUUCAUCCUGGGAUUGAAGCUGUCCAUGGGUCCCCUCGACAUCCAGUACCUUAUGGUCUCAUUACUGACCUGCAGUUGCCUGUUCCUGUUGGAGACCUACAGGCUGGGCUAAAUGGACACAUGUAUAAGAUGCCUGAGAUUCCUGAGUCUUUUUCUGAACUGUCUGACUUGAAUCUGACUCAACUGUCCGACAUGUCAGAAAAUGAGGAUGUUUUACUGAGAUUCUUUGUGAUGCUGCCACAGCUCAAAAUAAUCGCAAGUGAUAAAGAGGACUUGGUCACUAACAUUGUGGAAAUGGCAAAGAGAAACCUUAUGAUGGAGCCACAACUGGAAGGAAAAAGACAAGAUGUUGUUAAUAAGUUUGAACAGUUGACUCAACUGAAGUCUGCCUUUGAGACAAAGAUGCAGAGACAACAUGAUCUUAGUGAGAGCUGUAGUCUGAGCACUCUCCAGGCUCGGUUAAAGGUUGCUGCACACCAAGCAGAGGAGGACUCUGAAGAGACAGCUGAAAACUUUUUGGAGGGACGCACUGACAUAGACGAAUUUCUUACCAGCUUCAUGGAAAAGAGAACGCUUUGCCACAGCAGAAGGGCCAAAGAGGAAAAAUUGCAACAGUCCAUCCACACACAUGAACAGUUUCCUACUCCCCUCUAGAACAAAGGUUUGGUGUUCCCUCAGCCAACUGCGACCAACUGAAACAACAAAGACAUUAUUUCAGCACGCAGAGUCAACGUUGGGCACUGUGGACAACAAAAUCCAAUCAUCUCAGAAGCAGAAGCUCUAAAGAAGUCCUUAUGUAAAAGAAGGACACAGACUUUAGGGUCAUUACAAGUAUAGAAGUGGUAUAUGGCGGAAAAUACAGACAAGACUGAAAAAGCAGUUUCUGCUCUUGCACUCCUCUUUAAAAGAAACUACUAUAUUUUAGGCCAAACAACCGUUGUGUUUGAUAGAAUACAAUGGGGCAAAUACAGUGGGGAGAACAAGUAUUUGAUACACUGCCAAUGGGUUUUCCCAUUGGCAGUGUAUCAAAUACUUGUUCUUCCCACUGUAAGUAUUUAAGUCAACCACCAUUUGUGCAAGUUCUCCUACUUGAAAAGAUUAGAGAAGCCUGUAAUUGUCAACAUGGGUAAACCUCAACUAUGAGAGACAGAAUGUGGAAAAAAAGACAGAAAAUCACAGUUUGAUUUUUAAAGAAUUUAUUUGAAAUCAUGGUGGAAAAUAAGUAUUUGGUCAAUACCAAAAUUUCAUCUCAAUACUUUGUUAUGUACCCUAUUUGGCAAUAACGGAGGCCAAAUGUUUUCUGUAACUCUUCACUCUUCGCUUGGUGUAAAGAAAUCAACUGUGGAAGCAAUUUUUAGAAAAUGGAAAACAUUUUCUGGUUCUGUGAAUCUCGAUCUGGAGCUCCAUGCAAGAUGUCACCCCACGGCGUCAAAAUGAUAACAACAAUGGUGAGCAAAAAUCCCAGAACCGCACGGGGGGACCUAGUGAAUGGCCUACAGAGAGCUGGGAUCACAGUAACAAAGGCUCCUAUCAGUGACACAAUGCGCCGCCGGGGACUCAAAUCCUGCACUGCCGGACGUGUCCCCCUGCUGAAGCCAGUACAUGUCCAGGCCCGUCUGCUGUUCGCUAGAGAGCAUUUGGAUGAUCCAGAAAGGGACUGGGAGAAUGUGUUAUGGUCAGAUGAAACCAAAAUAGAACUUUUUGGUAGAAACACAGAUUCUCGUGUUUGGAGGAGAAAGAAUACUGAAUUGCAUCCGAAGAACAUCAUACCCACUGUGAAGCAUGGGGGUGGAAACAAGCUUUGGGGCUGUUUUUCUCUAGAGGGACCAGGACAACUGAUCUGUGUAAAGGAAAGAAUGAAUGGGGCCAUGUAUCGAGAGAUUUUGAGUGAAAAUCUCCUUCCAUCAGCAAGGGCAUUGAAGAUGAGACGUGGCUGGGUCUUUCAGCAUGGCAAUGAUCCCAAACACACAGCCAGGGCAACAAAGGACUGGCUUUGUAAGAAGCAUUUCAAGGUCCUGGAGUGGCCUAGCCAGUCUCCAGAUCUCAACCCCAUAGAAAAUCUGGGGAGGGAGUUGCAAGUCCGUGUUGCCCAACGACAGCACCAAAACAUCACUGCUCUAGAGGAGAUCUGCAUGGAGGAAUGGGCCAAAAUACCAGCAACAGUGUGUGAAAAGCUUGUGAAGAGUUACAGAAAACAUUUCGCCUCCGUUAUUGCCAACAAAAGGUACAUAGCAAAGUAUUGAGAUGAACUUUUGGUAUUGACCAAAUACUUAUUUUCCACCAUGAUUUGCAAAUAAAAAUAAACAGCUGUGUCUUGACACUCAGUGAUACAUGCUCCAUAAAGGUUUUGGAUCGAAACGAGGUAAGUACACGAUAAUAUCUCGUUAAAGUUAUGGCGUCUUUAAUUCUGCUCUUUCAUGCUCUUACAGUGCUGCUCGAAAGUUUGUGAACCCCACAGCGAUGGUCAGAUUUUUUGUAAAAAAAAACUAAACCUUAUUAAAUGUUAAGUUAUACCCAAAUCCACAAUACUGACAUUCCAAAUAAUGGACUGAAACAAAAGAAAUAGUUAUAUUGUCAUUCUUUAUUUAACAAAAGUGGUUGAUUUAAGAAAAACUCAGAUAUCAUGUGUGCAAAAGUAUGUGAACCCCUUCAGUUAAUAGGAUAUUGCGCCUCCUUUUGCAGAGAUUACCUCAACCAAACGGUUUCUGUAGUGACUAAUCAGCCUCUCACAUCUACUUUGGGGGAUUUUUGCCCAUUCUUCCUUGCAGAACGCAGUCAGUUGAGAGAGGUUUGAUGGGCGUCUGGCAUGAACUGCUCGCUUCAGGUCCCGCCACAGCAUUUCAAUGGGAUUUAGGUCAGGACUUUGACUGGGCCAGUCCAGAACACGAAUCUUCUUCUUUUUCAGCCAUUCCUUGGUUGUAUUGCUGGAAUGCUUUGGAUCAUUAUCAUGUUGCAUGAUCCACCUUCUGCCAAGCUUUAACUUCAAAACAGAUGGCGUCAGGUUAUGUUCUAGGAUUUGACAAUAUUCCUCAGAAUUCAUGAUUCCCUGGACUAUAUGGAGUUGUCCAGGUCCUGAGGAUGAAAAGCAAGCCCAGAUCUUGACAUUCCCACCUCCAUGCUUCAUUGUUGGGAGAAGGUUCUUUUGGUGGUAUGCAGUGUUGACUUUUCGCCAGACAUGGCGGUUUUGGUUGUGACCAAACAGUUCAAUUUUGCACCUACAUCAGUUGAUGAAAACUCUUUUUAAUUUAGUCUCGACAACACAACUGUUAAAAAAACCAAAAAAAACUACUGAAUUGAUUGAUUAGGAAAUCAGGUUGAAAUAAUAGAAAAUUCCAAAAUGUUGAGGGGGUUCACAAACUUUUGAGCAGCACUGUACCUCCAGAUAGGAUUUUACUGUUUAUUUUAUUUGUAUUUUUUUUAAAUCCCUCCUGUUUAAAAUUUUUCUUCCCCCAGAAAAUUGAGAUUUUAAGCUUUCCAGUGAUGGUUAACACAUGCAUAUCGGACAAUUUUGAAAGGUGGCCAAAUUAGGGGUCUCAGAGCGGAACUUCAAGUCACCUGAGUGUUUUCCGCCAUAUGCUUUGAGGUUCCAGACAAAUUACUGAGGCUUUAUCCCGCUGUGAGUACUUACUGUAUGAUUGCACAUGAUGAACAAUUUUGAUUCUUCUGAAAUCUCACAUGUGAUUAAGUAGUGGUGAAUUGGUGAGGGACUGAUGUAUACUGUACAUAGCGUUUGAUAGUAACAAGGAUAAUCCACACCAGUUGUUCAAAAUACAGAAAUCAGUGACCACGUACCGAACAUUUUCUGAGAAAAAGGCUUUAUUUUUGUCAACAAUAUAAUUGUGUCCUGGAAACCUUCAUGUUUACUUCUUUGACACAGUUUUAGAUAUAGACGCUCAUUAAUUCCGUCCACCUCAGAGAUCAAAUUGAAAAAAUUAAAUUUUUUUAAUUUAAAACGACAACAAAAAAGUAUGGUCAAUAGUAAUUUUAAUUUCAGGAUUUAAAAGUGUAUCUGUAUUCGGGUGGGCGGGCGGGCGGGCGGGCG